AGUCUCUCUUGCAGCUCGCAGAAAAUAAAGACCCGUCGGCUCACUCGCCCCUCCUGCAGUUUUACCUUUUCUGCCUUUUUUUUUUGUUUUUCCUUUCUUGUUGCAACAGAGUGCGGGAGACAGCACCAGUGGCUCCACUUUGAGGCUUGUCAAGGCUCAGCGCACGCACACAAACACACACUCACAACCCAGAGCAAAAACAUUUGCUCUCACCUGUCUCCAAACCCAAAGCAAACCUCCCGAUCAAGCCAACUCUUGGAACGAGAAGGCACCCGAGCCAGAAUCUAAUGUAAGGGGAAGAAAUUCAGUGCACACUGGCAACUUUUCUCUAAAAAGCGAGUGGCAAAAAGGAAGGAAAGGAGCAUUUUAAGAAGAGGACAACUUAAGGAAGAAGAUUUCAUUUUUUGGAUUUCACUCCAAACUUUGGAAAAGUUUUUUUUUCCUUUUAGUUACUAUUCUGUGCACCUUCUUCUAAGAACAUUGAGACAUUGUUACCUGCAUGUAAAAGCUUUUACAGGUACAUAUUUUUUUUAAAAGGGAAGAAAACCAAGAGGAAGCCAAGAGGGAUGUGGACCACCUAGCCAAAGGCACCACUGAAGCAUCCCUUGCGCCAAGGGGGACCCAGACUCUGGAUGUGCAUAAUUCCGAGGGACUGCAUUUUUUUCCCACCGGGCUUAUGAGAUAGCGCAGAGGCAGGCGAGUCACCGAGAAUUACUUCUGUCUCCCCUCACCACCAGCACCAGCACCUCCACGUCCUCCUCCAAGGGCUCCCGCGGCUCUCCCACCUCCUCCCGGCUCGCAGGGGACAUGGGAACGCGCAGCGCCCUCGAUGCCUGAGGCCGGGCGGCCGCGGGGCUGUCAGCGGGAAGCGCUUCCCUGCCGGGGCUCGCCGUCCAUGUGCCCGCAGCCGGCGGGGCCUGGAGUCGGGAUGAAUUUCGGCGUGGUCUUCGCGUUCAUCCUCUCGCUGCCCCUGGCCCGCAUGGAGGGGGACCCCAUACCCGAAGACAUUUAUGAGAUUUUGGGUGGCAGCUCAGUGCGCUCCAUCAGUGAUCUCCAGCGUGCCCUGCGGAUAGACUCCGUAGAGCAGGACAGCUCGAGCCUGAGCCUGAAUGCAUCUCAGCCUGAUCAAAGCCCUGUGGCCCUGUCUCGAGAGCGACGAAGCCUAGAUGCUCUGGCAGCAGCAGAGACGGCUGUCCUGGCCGAGUGCAAGACACGGGAGGUGGUGUUCGAAAUCUCCCGCGCCAUGGUGGACAGCACCAACGCCAACUUCGUGGUGUGGCCGCCCUGCGUGGAGGUGCAGCGCUGCUCCGGCUGCUGCAACAACCGCAACGUGCAGUGCCGCCCCACGCAGAUCCGCGUCCGGCCCGUCCAGGUGAACAAGAUCGAGUUUGUCCAGAGGAAGCCAAAAUUCACAAAAGUCGUUGUGCCUUUGGAGGACCACGUGCAGUGUCGGUGUGAAGCCGUGUUCCGACCGCCCCCCAGGAACAUCCGUCCAGGGCCACGGGAACAGAGACGCUUGUCCCCGGCGUUCACCACAGCCGCUGUCUCACAGAGGCGGCGAGUACGCCGGCCGCCGGCACAGAAGAGGAAACAUAAGAAGUACAAGCAUGUCAACGAUAAGAAAGUGCUGAAAGAAAUCCUCAUAGCAUAGAAGUGCUGGCCGGGGAGAGAGAGCACAAGGUUUAUUUAAUAUAUUUGCUGUAUAGCCCCCAUGGGGUCCUUGGAAUGAUAACUUUUCCUCUUUGUCCAUCUGCCUCGACGUCUGAUUCAGACGGCAAUUGGUGCUUCCCUUUCCAUCAGUGGACCUUCUCCCACCAAAGCCUCCCUUUCAUUUAUUAGCAUAAUUUUAAAGUUUAACACACACACACACAAAAGGACAAGGAUGUCCUACAUAUAUAUAUAUGAGAAAAGAACAAAGUACAAAUAAAACCAUGAAUGCCAACAGCCACAGCUUGCGAUGAGAACAGGACAAUUCCUUCCCUGCUACGGAGGACAGGAUGGAAAAUGUGAAAAGGAAAGCAGGUCCAAUUUCUUCCGAGAAAAGGAGAAAAACAGAUGGACAGAGGCCAGAAGGGGAAUAUUCUCACUUUCCCUCAUGCUUCUGGUAAGGCUGGGAGGGCCCAGCUGAGAUCUACUCUUGCAUUGGACCUACCUUUUGGCAGCCGGCAAAUCUCAGACUGCGAGCGGCGACCAAUGAUGGAAAAUGCACUAAGGACGUUCAUCGCCCUACCUGGACAGAUCUAUAUUUUUAACGUGCGUGUGUAUAUUUUAUUUUUAAAAAGAAAAACCAAAACCACUAAGGUAUUCAACAUCUCGGGGAACAGAACAAACAAGCAAAGAAACAAAACAAAGAAGCCAAAUGCAUUCCCCCACUCCCUCUUUCCCCUCUCCUGGUGCUGACUGGAAGGUGUUUGGAUCGUGGGGAAGGAGCACAAGGUGGCAGAAUCGUCUCCACGCCCCCGGCCCCUGCCAAGGAGAGCCAUCUUUGCACAUGCUGGUGGAGAAUUCAACUUUCCAGGCUCGGACUCAAAUUAUUUUUUAAAUUCACUCUGGAUGUGUGCGUGUGUAUAUGUGUGUGUGUGUAUAUAUAGAUAUAUACGUGUGCAUGUGUGUGCGUGUGUAUGUGUAUUUAUACAUACAUAUAUAAAAAUAUAUAUAUAUAUGUUCUUAAAUGGGUUUCAUUCCCCAGUGGCAGGAAGCUCAGAGGCCCGUGGGUGCGUCGGCUUCGCUGGGCUGGCAGAAAAGCACACUGUUACUGCAACGUGCCUGCGAGGCCAGGGACAGGGACAGGGCAGGCAGAGGCAUCAUCUGGUCUCUCUCUUUCUUGUUAUCCUUUUCUCUCACUCUGCACCAACCCCCCAUCCCAGCACAACUUCCUUGCAGGAGGUGAAGUGGCACCACAACAAGACCAAGGACAGCCAAACUUAGAAGCAUGACUUAAUCUCAGUGAGCUGUCCUUGCCUGCUCUGUGGUCUUGAAAGCAGAAUCAUGUCAUUCCCAUGAGGUCUUUAACCCCUCCCUGGAUGUCCUGCACUCUAUGCCUCCACUAAUCUUUCCCUGCCAAUGUUCCCAACCCACUUAGCUUGGAAGUUGAUCCACAAUGUGGACAGCUCUGUGUAGGUAUAGAGAAAGUAAUGAGGAUGGUGUUCACAGCUGGCAGCAGCCGUCUGAGACAGAAAUGAGCUCUUCUAAGUGAGGAGGACUCAGAGAACCACUGGAGGGUCAGUUGCAGAGUUCCUCCUGGGCCACUGCCUGUCUUCGAGCAGGGAGGAGGACUGUGUGGGCAAGGGCUGGUUUUGCACAGGUAAUAGUAACCAUUAGCAGAAUUGUUCCACAUGAUGGGAAUUCCCAGCAUGGCCUUGGAGUCAGGGUCUUGGUUGUGCUGUGCUGGGUGCUGCAUACAUGAAGAAAAUGCCUGCCCAGAGCAAUCACAUGGCACUUCUCCCCUCGCACACACACCCCUGCUGUGGGGUAGAGCUUUGGAGGGAGAUGGGGAAAGGAGCCAAAGCCACAGCCUGGGAGCUGUUACAAGUUGUGGAGGGAGCCAGUCCUCACCUCCUGCAAGCCCAGAGCACUUCUCACACCGCUGCCAAGGCAGCACGUUGCUCCCUCCCUCCAGCCCCAAGCCCUCAAGUCUUAAGACACUUUCUUACCCUGCUCCAAAAUCUGUUUCUUUUGGUUUGUAAAUAUGGUGAGGUUUUGUUUUAUUUUAUUUUAAAAUUUUUGCCUUUUUUUAAAUGUAAGAUUAAUUUAUACUCAGUACUGUAUUUAAAGUUGUAAAAAAAAAAAAAAA